UUGAAUCAUUCGUACACAGUUGUUCGAGUGGUAAACACGUCUAACACCUUUGCCUCCAAAAAUCCAGCCUUCCGUUUUGGUUUCCGUUCAAAAUUCCAGUUAAAUUCAGUUAGCAUGGGGGUGUUGCAGGCCGUCCAACGAACGCUCUUGAUGCAGCACAAUUUGGGAUCGCUGACCAUCAAGCGGACCUACGACACAGUGAAGAAGAUGAACCUGCGUCGCAGACGCUUGGAGCACCUGAAGGAACUCAAGCGGCUGGACCGAAUGUGCUACAAGGCGGCCAGUCGCAACGACAAGAAAUGCCACCCGCCGGUCAUGCCGCUGCCCACGCUAGAGUGCCUAGACGACCCAUGUGCAGAAUCGGAGAUGCCAUUGGAUCUGGACCACUAUACACCGAGCGACAAGGCCGCGCGGAAGUAUCAGCGCACCUGGUGCGAGUGCUAUAUGAUACCCAAGGCGGCUGUCCAGGCAAGGAAGUGCUAUCCGAAUAGACCGCGACGGAAGUUCGAGUGUCCAAGGGUCUCCGAUGUCGAGUGCCGCUGGGAUCCCAUGCCCUGUGAUGACGUGAAGAAAAAGCCCGAGAUACUGAUAGAAGUGCCGCGUAUCGGAAAGUGGCCCUGCUGCAAGAUCCCCUCGCCCGGAUGCGCCGAUGGCCGGAUACCGCCCUCCUGCGACGCUGGUCGCAUUCCCACCUGCUGCAAGAAGCGGCGCACCAAGUAUCCCAGCUUCUCGGAAUGCAAAAAGGAUCUGCUCGAGGCCAUUCCACCUUGCGAGUGCGAGAAGAAGGUCAACAUGUGCGAUGUAUAUGCAUAUUUCCGCCAUAAGACAACCUAGCUUCGCGCCAUGAAAGAGCUUGGAAAUCAAGGCGGUUCGGGAACCCCACCUGGAUGAGGAAGAAGCCCCCAAUAAGCAAUGAAAGUAUGCGUAAAGUGGCUCGCAUGUAUUACCGUUCAUUAAUUGUCUAUGGGUUCGUUUCCAAAAAGCUGACCCCUCUAGCAUUGCCGCCUUUUACCUAUCCGGAUAUCCCAUUCUCCCAUUGGAUGCCAUUUUAAAAGGUGACAAAUUCAAAAACCCUAUUUCAAUUACAGCAUUGAUGUGUGUUACUACUGCCAUUAAAGUGAUCAACUUAAUUUCACAAAUCAACUAA